AGUUGUUUUCAGUUUACAGUUUUCGACAGACGCAUGUUUUUAAAUUUAUUCCACAAAAUUAAGUGAAAUGGCUGAAAAACUCGAAGACUUAAAUCUGCCGUUAACCGUCGUCACUCGCAUAGUUAAAGAAGCGUUACCAGAAGGAGUUUCCAUAUCAAAAGAGGCGCGAACCGGCCUUGCGAAGGCUGCAUCAGUUUUCGUUUUAUAUGUUACUUCAGCUGCUACAAAUAUCGUUAAAAAUAAGAAGAAAAAGGCCCUAACAGGACAAGAUGUGUUAGACGCUAUGAAAGAUAUAGAAUUCGAUAGAUUUGUGGAACCUUUAAGCGAAGCAUUGGAACAGUACAAAUUGGCGGCAUCGGCGCGGAAAUCUGGAGCUGGAAAGAAGAAAGAUGAGGAAGAUGGAGAAACUGUAGAUCUAGAAUAAUGUGAUAAUAGGUAUAAGUGAUAUUAUUUAAUACAUUU